AUGAUAACGCUGAUAUCGAUCGUUCUCUACAGUGCAUCAUCAUAUGUGACAACAAGUUCUUCCGAUUUCCUUGAAGCUGACCCGGUGGAAGUGGUUGAUAUCCGUAACGAUGAAGCAACGAUUAGUUGGAUGUUACCGCCAGACGUCGCAAAUCAGACCAAUAAACAGCGGUUAAUGAUCUCUGUUAUACGAGCUUCAUAUCACUCCGGAUCGAGGACGUCUGUUUCUGUGAACGUCGGCCCCAAGAUCCGUACCUACACAUUUUCUAAUCUUGUUGGAAAUACAACGUAUCGUGCUUCCGUGGAACCAUUUGAUAAUGAUAUCAGCCUAUGGUACGCGAGCAAUGUUUUCACUACCAGUUUAGCUUCUCUCCAUUGGUUAGCCGCUCCAACUGACAUUGUGCUUCUGGACAAGACCAACACAUCUCUGGAAGUUUCAUGGAGUGCGCCAGUAAUCCACGAAACUGGCCAUAAUGCUGUGAUAAAUCAACAUCUGAUGAACGUCUAUGAAUAUAUUCCAUCGUCAAAAAUUCUCCUUAAAAAAUUCUCAUUAAACGUUCCCGUCCCAAAAACUACAUAUUCCAUAGGGCGACUUACUCCUGGAGCCGUUUAUAAUGUUACUUUGCAGGCCGGUACGAAUUAUGGUUACGGGACAUUAGGUUGGGCAGUCUUUUCAACACUUUAUCGCACCGAAGACGGAUUUAUCCUCAAGCAGCGGAUGAAAACUCCGAAUGCGCUAACGCUAACAUGGCCCUUGCAAUGGUUACCGUCGCCAACUUCUCGAUAUACCAUUCGUGCCAAGACCCUUCAUUCUCCUGAUAAUGUCGAUAAGGAAAUCAUGAAUGUGGGUGUUGGUGAAGUGGGAAAAACUCCCGAGUUCGUACUACGUAAUCUUUAUCCAGGAUCCACCUAUAACAUUUCUAUCACCACAGCUGUGGAGGUAACUAAACCACGUAGCAAAAAAUGGCCGCAGGGAAAUCUGUACAAGACCGCUUGGAGUGUGUUUUCAACGCUGACCCAGGGUGAAUAUGCUGUCUCAGAUCCGCGAAUUGUUAUGGAAACCGACAGUGCCGCGUCGAUUGUAUUUCAACCGCUGAAACAUCUUGGCGAUGUACAGUAUCAGAUUCGUUACACCCCUAUUGAUGGAGUUCCCAUCGAAACGAGAGAAUAUGAUGAAGAAGAGCUUUUAUGCCCAAAAUUCGGUUGCGAAUGGAUGUGUGCUCUUGUGUUCAACCUUCCGAGAAGACCUCGAGAAUAUACGUUUGAGAUACGAGCAAAAGUCGAUGGUCAUUGGAAUAAAUGGACAUCAGUUCAGAGAAGACCAUGGAACCUUCUCGAACGGGUCUGUUCUAUCAAUCCACCGAAUUUUUUCGUGGAUAACAUUGGGAAUCGAGAACAUAUGCGUGAAGUGGACAUUUCAAGCGCUAACGUUCAACCGUCACCCGCAGUAUGGCGAUAUCUGGUUGUGGUGGAUAGUCGACAAUCCGAUUAUUCCUCCAUAGACAUUACGAAGUUGGCCGAUAAACCAACAUCGGACUACGAUAAUACUCCAUAUUAUAUUACGGCAUCGUUGACACCGGAACAAGUCCAGCAAAAUGUUGAUUUCAGACUUGGUGAUGGUUUGGUUCACGGUGGCUAUCUAAAUUAUCCUCUAAAAGAAAGUCAACAUGACCCCAGAUGGACAUUGGUUCCAAUGUCACAAGUCGAGAAUGAAAUCAUGGAACCACGAUUGAAGACCUGCGGUUUUACCGAAGAAGGAACUUUCGAAUGUGACAUGCCAUUCACGGAAUUUAUCUCAUAUAUUCCGUUGUGGAUCAAGACUGCGUUGGUGCUAUGCUUUGCAGCUGUUGUGUUCUGUUUUUGUAUCAUGCUUGCAUGUGGAAUACGACGGUUUUGCGAAAAUCCGAAUCAAACAAAAGAAGCCUCUAUAAUGUACUAUCAUAGCGAUUCACCGAACACAUUAUCGACGACGAGAGAGUACAGAAAAGUGGAGAGGCGAGAGUUUAGCGCUGCGGAUCGUGAAGCUCGGAUGCGAUUUAUGGAAGAGGAACCGUAUCAUACUGUAUGA